AUGCAACGACUUCCUUCGAUUAGCACUUUGAUCCAAAGUUUGAACCACUCCAUCGUCGUUGAAGAGAAAAAUUUGGAUGACAAGAAUACCGUCUCUACUUCAAGUGGAGGCGUUUGUAGCAACAACAAACAUGGAUGGAUAGUAUCCAGUCGAUAUGAAUUCAUUCCUCCAAAACACACACAUCAUUCCAUGGAUCCUCGUUCCAAAAAUCCAAAUUUGGAUGAACUUCAAAACGUCAAGUCACAUGUGACCACAACAACAACAUCACGCACAGGAAUUCACCAAAGGAAAGAUUCAAAAGCGAUUCUGUGUCGUCAAAGUUCUCCACACCAAGAAACUUAUGGUCAUCAUUACAUGUGCAUGUAUUCUCUUCCUGUCACUUGCCAAUCAUCAACUCCACCUUCAUACAACAUGGAAACAACAACAAAAACUCCAUCAUCCUAUUCACCACAACAACGAUCAAAUUCCUUAACGGUCACAACUAGCACUCAAAAUGUUUGUUCCAACUCGAGCUCUCAACCUUUCCCAUACAUACCAUCGACAACACAUCAUCAUUCUCCUCAUUUUGAAUUAUCCCCUAACUCUCCAACAUCUACGACCUCAAUACCAAAUACUUUGAAUCCAUUUUUGGAAAAACGUAAUCUUACUCCUUCAUCUCCACUCAAAUCUUCUCACGAUGAGAUCGUCCCAUCCAUAAAUGUAUAUCCCAACAAGCAUGUAUACAACAACACUAACCAAUUGUACAAUAACAACCAUAAUCAUCAUGAGCAAUCCUCUUCGACCAAUCUUUCCAGAACAGAAAGCUUGAUGAGUAGUGAAAGUCACACUUCGACGAGUUUAGAUUUGAAUUGUCAACAAACUCUUUCGUCUCCAGUAUCUGCUGCUGGUUUGAUGGACAAUUUGACGAGCGGUGCCGAACCGAUCAAAGCUUCAAGUUUGCUUGGAAAGCGAAAACAAGAAGAUCCCUUGUCAAAUGCCAGCCCAUCAAUCGCAAGUAUCCCAACAAAUGUCUUGUCUUCUCAAUCGAACUCACCUUCCUCUCCUGUUUUGCAAUAUUCAUUUGUGAAUGUUAUCCCUGAAAAAGCUCCUAAAAAGUCAAAAAAAACUUCAAGUGACACAAAUUCUUCAAAACCAUCUCCUUUUCAAUUUAUGAACUUCUCCAUUUCGAAUGACACUUCAAAAAUCAAAUUUGUAAAAGCUCAACAUCAAUUGAGAGGAAUUAAUGAUGGAAGUUGGACUGAGAAGGAACAUGAGGAUUUUGUGAGAGGCCUCAAUGAGUGUGGAAAGGGAAAAUGGAGAGAAAUUGCUGAAAAGUAUGUCAAAACUCGAACGAGAACUCAAGUAGCAAGUCACGCACAGAAAUAUUUUGCCAAUAAAAAGUUUUGA